CAGCUUUCCGUGGCGGUGUUACUCAUAUAAACCCUUCACCUUUCCCUUUUCCUCGUUUUCUGCCUUCAGUUUUGCCAUACGAUACCAUACACCCAACAUGGAGGUCGACCAACCCGUUCAUUUUACGCCUGCGCUCAAAAACGCCGCUACCAUCCUCUGCGCGGACUGCGGGGCGCCUGUCGAUGGGACGAUAUCCGGCGCAUUCUGCUACGACUGCAUCAAACUCAAGACCGAUGUGACGGAAGGCAUCCAGCGAGAAGCGACUCUUCACAUGUGCCGUGACUGCGAUCGAUGGCUCUCACCUCCAAACUCAUGGGUCGUUGCGCCCCCGGAAAGCAGAGAACUGCUGGCGCUAUGUUUGCGGAAACUGAGGGGCCUGAACAAGUUGAGGAUUAUCGAUGCGAGUUUUAUCUGGACGGAGCCGCAUUCGAGGAGGAUAAAGGUCAAGAUUACGGUGCAGUCGGAAAUUUCGGAGGGGGCCAUUAUGCAGCAGUCGUUUGAGGUGGAGUAUAUGCAGAACUAUCACCAAUGUCCUGAUUGCGCAAAGAGUUAUACCCACAAUACCUGGCGAGCGGUCGUGCAGGUGCGGCAGAAGGUCCCACAUAAGCGAACGUUCCUCUUCCUCGAGCAGUUGAUCUUGAAGCACGGAGCGCACAAGGAUGCAAUAAAUAUCAAGGAGGUGCACGACGGGAUCGAUUUCUACUUUGCUCAGCGAAACCAUGCUGAGGGAUUUGUGGAUUUUUUGAAGGCCGUUGUGCCGGCCAACGUCAAGAAGAGUCAAGAGCUGAUUAGCAUGGAUGUGCACACGAGUACGAAGAGCUACAAGUUCUCAUAUAGUGCAGAGAUUGUGCCAAUUUGCAAAGACGAUCUUGUCGUGCUCCCCAUCCCUAUGGCUAAGAAGGUUGGCAAUAUAAAUCCUCUUACCUUGUGCCAUCGCAUUGGCACUUCUGUCUAUCUCAUGGACCCGACCACAUUGCAAACAGCCGACAUCUCAACAGACGUCUACUGGCGGGCACCAUUCCGGCCACUGGCCGAUGUACAAGAACUUGCAGAGUUCGUCAUUCUCGAUAUUGAGCCUCUAGGUCCGUCCAAGGGCCGAUAUACCCUGGCCGAAGCAACCGUAGCAAGAGCUGCGGAUCUAGGCCGCAACGACCAGACAUACUAUACACGCACCCAUUUGGGCAGUAUAUUGAACGUAGGAGACUCGGUAAUGGGCUACCAUCUGACUGGCACCAACUACAACAACGAGCUUUUCGAUGCGUUAGAAGGAUCCAAGUACGCAAGUACGAUCCCCGACGUCGUACUCGUUAAGAAACACUACGCACGCAAGAAGAAGGGCAAGAGCAGGAACUGGCGCCUCAAGCGCAUGGCCAAGGAAGAGAGCGAGAUGCUACCCCGGAAGCAAGAUCAGGAACGUAUGGAUCGCGACUUUGAAAUGUUCUUGCGCGAUGUGGAGGAGGAUGCGGAGCUGAGAGCUGGUUUGGCCCUGUACAAGGCCGAGCAGCAGCAACUGCGGGCUGCGGCCGAAGCUGAUACCAUGGAUGUGGAGGAGAGCGAUGUGGGUGAGGAUGAUGAGGGAUUGGAGAUCCCGAUGGAGCAGCUGUUGGAUGAUUUCGAGGAUAUGACGAUGGAGGACCAAUCGUAGAUGUACUUGAAGCGUGAACGAGGCUGCUAUCAAUGGAUUUGACGCAUGUUUCUGCAUUUAUUGGCGUUCUGGCUCUGGCGUGGACUCGAAAAGGGGGUAGCCAUCUGGUACUCGGCGGAGUCGAGAAGAAUACCAAUAUCAACCUGUUAUUGAUCUCGGC